UGAAGGCGGGCGCAGAUGCGGACAGAGGGUUGCACAUAUGCUCUCCCAGCGCAGGAUCUCUGAGGAUUAUAGCCGCUGCAAAGGACUCUUACUGCGCUUUUUGGGAGCCGCCAAUUUAUUGUGGAUUACUUACACGGAAGGAAUAUAGCGGUGGUCAAUAAAAGACCUGAACAGCCGCAGUCAUGGGUGGGGUGAAGGCGUUCGUCGUCUUUGGGGGUCUCUUUGUGCUGAUGCUUUCAGCUACAUCUGGAUCGCCGCCGCCAACUAUCGUGUCCAACCAGGAGGAGUUUGUUCUGCAGCCCAAUUCCUUCUUCAAUUUAAGCUGCACUGGGGAAGGAAAUGUGACCUGGGUUGUGCCUCUGCAGGCGAACACGUUCAUAGUUCAUGAGUACAACAGCGCGACCCUCCUCAUUAACAAAGCAACAGUGGAGAACACUGGAUAUUACAUGUGCACCUAUGACGGCCAAGCGGAUGAAGGUGAAGCAGACCUGGAAAAUGAGGCGGAAACAUACAUCUUUGUGCCAGAUCCUCUCGUUCCCUUUGUCCCGGAGACCUCCGAUAACCAGGUGGUCCCCAUGGACGUGUUUGGGACAACUGUCUCCUGCCGUGUAUCUCACCCCAACUUCCAUGUCACCCUGAGGAGCGUCUCCACUGGCCAGGAGAUGUCUGCUUUCUAUGACAACAGAGAGGGCUUCUUCGGAAAGUUCCCCCCUGGAAAUUACCAGUGUGAGACGAGGACUGUGAAAGACCAGUUGUUCAAAAGCGCCAUUUACACCAUCGUAAAUGAGGCCCCCGAGGAGGACAACUUCACCGUGGAGGUAAAAGCGAGUGAAGAGAAAGUGAGGGCCGGGCAGCCUUUCAACAUCACCUGCGUGGCACCCUCUGGCUCGGAUGUCCAGCAGCAGUGGGUCCAUCCCAAAACACAGGCGGUGGAUGCCAGUCAGAUGAAGCAGACUUUUCCUGAUGGGGACAUCUACACCCUCAGUAUUGCAAAAGCAACUCCUCAGGACAGCGGCGUCUACGAGUGCUCCAUAGUGCACACCGCCACGGGGAACGUCAGAGUCAGCAGCGCCUUCGUCACCGUCUUUGAGGAGAAUUCCUUUGUGACCCUGGACUACAGCGGGAUUGCAGAAACAGAGAUUGUGAGCAUUUUAGAGGAAACCGAGUUCACCAUCCUCAUCGAUGCGUACCCAGUUCCUAAAGCCACGUGGUUAAAAGAUGGCAAAGCCAUACCAGAGAACUACUACAUCCUCACCAAAAGCAGCCACGUUGAAGGGAAUCGGUAUCAGAGCAUUCUGACAUUUCGGCAACCUAUGGAGAAAGACAACGGAAAUUACACCAUCUCAGUCAUAAGUGGUUCUCACACGGCUCAGUUUUCCUUUAUCCUCAAAGUGAAAGCUGCAACCGGAGUGAUGCUCCCACCUUUCUCGGCGCCCAUCCUGCUGCCCCCCAUGGACGAGAUGGUGGUGCUGCUCCACGCUCCUUUUACGCUGACGUGUCGCGGGGAGGCCAAACUGGAGUGGUUCACACCGACCCUUGUCCGCGAGCAGAUGCAGGAGGACGACAGCGGCUUGUUUGUCACCACCAUCACCGUUGACAGCGCCAGCGCGCUGCACACCGGCUUGUACACGUGCGCCUACAGCGGAAACACCACGGAGGACAGCAGCAUCUACAUCUUCGUGCCAGAUCCAGAUUUACCUUUCCUGCCGCCGAUGCACUUCAACAACCAUGUCCUGUCCCAGUACGAGGAGAUGGAGAUCCAGUGCAGGGUGUCCGACCCGACCACUAAUGUGACCCUGCUGAAUGCAGACACCCGGCAGCCCGUGCCUUGUACCUAUGACCGGAGGAGGGGCGCUUUGGGGAUGUUCACUGCUGGAACCUAUGUCUGCAAGGCUGUCAUAAACGGAGAGGACCGCUACAGCGGGGAGUACAUCGUCCAUGGCUGGACAGGUAUAGGAUUGCUGCACGUUGAACUGUCAGCCAAGAAAACUGCUCUGCUGGUGGGAGAGCCCAUCACCGUCACCUGUGUGGCUCAUGGACCCCAGAUUCUGGACGACCACUGGAAGUACCCUGGCAAACUGGCCAACCGUGGUAUGAAAACUGUGCGUGAGAAUAAGAGAAAUCAGGAAAUCCUGUACACCCUGACAAUUCCACAAGCCUCGAUCAAAGACAGCGGCAUUUACUCCUGUUCCAUUACGGACAUAAUGAACAACGAAAGCCAGACUAAACAACUACGUGUUCAAGUGUUUGCCAACGAGUUUCUGUCCAUCCUGCCAGAGUUCAUGGAAUAUGAAUCAGCGGAGCUGGAUGAGGUCCGCGAGUUCAGGGCUGCGAUCAGCUCUUUUCCCGAUGUUCGCAUCACUUGGCUCAAAGACGGCAGUCCGCUCAGCGACGUGACGGCUGAGAUCUCCAUCAGCCUGCGGCAGAUCAGCGAGACCAGUUACACCAGUGUGCUCACCCUGAUCCGGGCCAAGGAAGAGGACAGCGGGAACUACACUAUGCGAGUGGAGAACAGAAACCAAACUCGUGAGGCCAGCUUCAUCCUGGAAGUCAAAGUGCCUGCAGCUAUUGUGGACCUGAUGGACAUCCAUCACGGCUCGGCCAGCGGCCAGUCUGUGGUGUGCAUUGCCCGAGGGCAGCCCACACCCGUGGUGGAAUGGUACACUUGCAAGAAAAUCAAACAUUGUGCCAAUGAUUCAUCGGCUUGGGUGCCUCUUCCCGUCAACUCCACAGACAUCAUUAUGGACUCGUACUUUGACGAAAAAAACAAUUUGGAGAGCCAGGUCAUAUUUGGCCAGCUGGAAAGCACGCUGUCCGUGCGCUGCCUGGCUAGAAAUGAAAUGGGCGUCGCCAGCAGAGAGGUCAAACUGGUGUCCAGUGGCCCCCACCCUGAGCUGACCGUAGCUGCUGCCGUGUUGGUGCUCCUGGUCAUUGUCAUCAUCUCACUCAUUGUCUUGGUUGUUAUCUGGAAACAGAAACCGCGGUACGAGAUCCGAUGGAGGGUCAUAGAGUCUGUCAGCCCCGAUGGCCAUGAGUACAUCUACGUGGAUCCCAUGCAGCUUCCCUAUGAUUCCCGAUGGGAGUUCCCCCGUGACAGACUUGUGCUCGGUCGUAUUCUGGGCUCUGGAGCCUUCGGGAAGGUGGUUGAGGGCACGGCUUAUGGACUCAGCCGCUCUCAACCAGUCAUGAAGGUGGCAGUGAAGAUGCUGAAACCCACAGCUCGCUCCAGUGAGAAACAGGCCCUGAUGUCUGAACUGAAGAUCAUGACUCAUCUGGGACCCCAUCUCAACAUCGUCAACCUCCUGGGAGCGUGCACCAAGUCAGGCCCUAUCUACAUAAUCACAGAGUACUGCUUCUACGGCGACCUGGUGAACUAUCUGCACAAGAACAGGGAGAACUUCCUCAGCCUGAGUCCAGAGAAGAAUAAAGAGAAGAAAGAGCUGGACAUCUUUGGCAUCAACCCCACAGAUGAGAGCAGCAGGAGUUAUGUUAUCCUGUCCUUCGAGAGUAAAGGAGACUACAUGGACAUGAAGCAGGGUGACAACACUCAGUAUGUGCCCAUGCUGGAGAUGAACAACGUCUCCAAGUACUCAGACAUCCAGAGGUCGAACUACGACCACCCACCCUCACAGAAAGACUUGAGCGAAUGUGAGACAGACAACCUGCUGACAGAUGACAUGAACGAAGGCCUCGCAACCACCGACCUGCUCAGCUUCACCUACCAGGUGGCCAAAGGAAUGGACUUCCUUGCUUCAAAAAAUUGUGUGCAUCGCGACCUCGCAGCCAGGAAUGUCCUCCUCUCUCAGGGCAAAAUAGUGAAGAUCUGUGACUUUGGCCUGGCCAGAGACAUCAUGCAUGACAGCAACUACGUCUCCAAAGGAAGCACUUUUCUGCCGGUGAAGUGGAUGGCACCAGAAAGUAUUUUUGACAACCUCUACACCACCCUCAGUGAUGUUUGGUCAUACGGCAUCCUCCUCUGGGAGAUAUUUUCCUUAGGUGGCACCCCGUACCCCGGGAUGGUGGUGGACUCCAGCUUCUACAACAAGAUCAAGAGCGGAUACCGGAUGUCAAAGCCAGAGCACGCGCCACACGAUGUGUAUGAGAUGAUGAUGAAGUGCUGGAACAGCGAGCCGGAGAAAAGGCCUUCCUUCACAGGUCUGAGUGAAACUGUGGCGUCUCUGCUGCCCUCCAGCUACAAGAGGCAUUACGAGAAGGUGAACCUUGACUUCUUGAAGAGUGACCAUCCAGCCGUCACUCGGGUGUGCGUGGAAAACGACGCAGACUACAUCGACAUUCCCUACAAGAACCAGGGCAAGGUGAAGGACAGGGAAAGCGGCUUCGACGAGCAGCGGCUGAGCUCCGACAGUGGCUACAUCAUCCCACUACCGGACCUGGACCCUGCAUCUGAUGAAGAAUAUGGAAAGAGGAAUAGGCACAGCUCCCAGACGUCUGAGGAGAGCGCCAUCGAGACGGGCUCGAGCAGCUCCACCUACGCCAAGCACGAGGGCGAGACCCUGGAGGACAUCACGCUGCUGGACGAGAUGUGUCUGGACUGUAGUGACCUUGCGGAGGACAGCUUUCUGUGACAAUUGCACAGCUUGAGCGGGAACAGCGAGUGGAGGAGAUGUAAGGGAUGUGGGGGAAACUAGAGAAAGACCUGUAAAUCAACCAAAGACUCUAACCCCGCCACUCCUCCUGCCUGACCGCCCCUU